ACUGUGCGACGACUGUUGAUUUGUUUUUAUUUUGGAACGUGCAAAGUGCAUUUAAUGCAGUAUCUGGGAAACGCAAGGUCGGUGCCCUUUCCUUGGCAAAUUGCACGCAAUAUAUUAAUCGUUGCAACUGCCGCCGUGACCGUCACAAGCCGUUCUACCUUUGCGACAACCACUUGCACAUCAUCAUCAUCUUCAGCCAAUUCUUGCAAUAAAAUGAACGACAAGACAAGUGAUCCAGAUUACACCGCCGGCGCAAGUUCCGUGGCAUUUGUAACCACACCGGACAAGGAGUCGGCAAAAAAACUGGCGCACGGCAUUAUUGGACGAAAAUUAGCGGCCUGUGUGAAUAUAAUACCACAAAUCGAGUCCAUCUAUAUGUGGGAGGGCAAGGUGAAUGAGGAUAAUGAGUAUUUAAUGAUGAUCAAGACACGCACCACACGCAUCGAUGAGCUAAGCAAAUUUGUACGGGAAAAUCAUCCUUAUAGCGUCGCUGAGGUAAUUACUCUGCCCAUUCAGGCUGGAAAUCUGCCAUACCUGAAUUGGAUAAACCAAACAGUGCCGGAGAAAGCAGAGGUCAAAGACUAACAUGUUAUGUGAAAGCAAGGCAAUUUAAAUAAACGGUUAUUAAACUCAUUAA